AUGAAGAUGAAGUUGUGGGUCGGUUUUCUCGAGCCGACUCUUCUAGCGGAUGUGGAGGUGUUUUCAGAUGGAGCUCAGUGCGAUUACUUUUUCAUGCAGCAAGGGGAGAAACUUUACAUCCCUCUUGCCGCCUCGCUGAUUGCCGCAGCCAACGGCCAUUUUGCAUUCUUCUCUGCGCAGGAGGAAGAGGAGGAAGCGUACGAUCCCAUCGACCCAGACGAUCAGCCUCUGGUGGGUGUGGACGGGCGACCUCUGAGUGUCGGCGGGCCUGGAUCUGCGGACCUCGAGACGAGGAUGGGACAUGUGGAGUCAGUGUUGGAUGGCCUGCAGUCGAGCAUGCAGCAGCUCCUGCAGAUGCAGCGUUCCAAGGCCCAUCAGACACCGACCAAGACGAAGCCAGCGCCCAUGCCAACAAAGCUGAAGGCCAAACCUUCUUCGUCGUCAGGAGCUGCGUUGAAGACGAUGGAUUUUCCUCACCUCGAUCCAGGAGUUGUUCAAGCUGCUCUGCAGGCCGGUGUGUCUCACGAGAGCUUGGGCCAGAUGGAGAGGGUGGUCUUGCAGAAUGCGCGAGCAAGGAAGACAGCAGAUGUGCAUGCGAACAUCGUUCUGGACCCUCUGUCCGAGGACGGAGGUUCGGCCACGGAGCAGGAGAUGGAGGAAGCCCCUGUCGGAGGAUCUGGGUCUCAAGUUCAAGACCCAUUAGCUUCAUCCCUUGCCAAGCUGACCAACAUCAUGGAGCUGCUGACCGAGGAGAAGCAGAAGAAGACAACUGGGUCAAAGCUAGAUUCUGCCCUCGACGCUGUGCAAGCGACAGGGUCAGAUGUUACGAGCUUGGGCUCAGGCAAGAAGACAGCUGUGGCAAGGCGGGCGUUGCGAAGCGCUUUCCAAGAGCAUCCGGAGGAAGUUCAUCUGCUGAUCGAAAGACUGAUGUUCGAGGACCUGAACUCGCAGACCCUGCCGCCAGGCUGCCAACCCCGAGGUCUGAGCGCACGGGCGUGGGUCGAAUUUCGUUCUCGCAUUGGGUCCUACAAAUCCUCGGCUUACUCCUCGUGGUGCAUUGCGGGCAUUCUGGAUUCUCUGUUGGCCAACAAUGUACCUCAGGCCAGAGCCCGUGCCUGUUUGGGUCUGCUGCAGAUCGACCAGGCGUCAGUAGAUCAAGGUUCGUGGACGCUAGCUGCAGAGCUCAGUCUCGAGCAAGGGCCUCCACUCACAGCAAUGUCCCAACAUGUGCCCCCCGAUGUGAUGCAGGGAGAUUCGCCAUUUUCAAAGCUGCUGGAUGCACGAUGGGCAGAAGUGUCGAUAUCCCACCUUCGCGACCAGGACGAGUACCUGACAAAGCGAAGGAAUAUUGGCAGGAGCACUGGAAAGCCUGCAGAGGAGAGCGGCAGCCUGAGCCCAGACGCCAAGAAAAAGAGCCGCCCCGGAGCCAAACCGAAGGCGGCCACGACUGCGGAGAAGAGUUCAGAUGCAUGA